UCGUUCCUGCAGAACAUGGAUGAUAUCUCGUAUAUUGGGAAUGAGUUCAUGGUGCGAAAACGCGCGCAAACGACUACUAACAUCUUUUCUCUUGAAGGAGUAUCUUCGCCUCUGCCCAUCACCCACUAUCGCGCCGCGACCUCCCAUGUUGUCGCGCGAAUGCAAGACUCCAGAUAUUUUUAUUACUGUCAGUCCUCUAUUGUGGACGUGCAGAAUCUUCCCCAUCAACAUCGUGUCUAUGAUGACGAUGGUGAGGUAUAUUUCCGCGAGAUCCAACAGUAUCUCGAAUUCGGCGAGAUGCCGCCACGAGUGCACGAUGACCCUAGCGCCUCGAGAACGUUCAUUCGUCGGGCAGCGGGCUUCGUUAUACAUGAUGGGCGGUUGUGGAAAAUCCACCGCAAAGCUCUUCCUCGUCUUGUGAUUGCUGACAAUUCUCGACGCUUAGAUCUUCUCAAGCAAGCACAUGACGAUUGCGGCCAUCGUGGACGCGAUCCAACCUAU